AAUAAUAGCGGUUGCAAAUAAAAAGCAAUAGAUAAGAGCUGCUAUAAAAUACUUUGACUUUCUCGCUAAAAGCAAAGCACUAUAAAGUCAAGUAAUUUAUCAUUAUUAUAACCAUUCAGUAAGACAAUAGGUUGAAAGAAUUGCACAACUGAACGCUUCGAAUCAACAUGGACUUUCAUACGGCCGCGGAAAAAGCUAAAGCCUUCACCAAAACACCGCCAGAUGGUGUGUUUUUGGAAUUCUAUGGUCUUUAUAAGCAGGCGACUGUCGGCGACUGCAAUAUUGCAAAGCCUGGUGCAUUAGAUUUAAAAGGAAAAGCGAAAUGGGAAGCAUGGAAUAGCCGUAAGGGUUUGACCCAAGAUGAUGCCAAAAAGGCAUAUGUUGCCACCUAUGAGAAGUAUGCUCCUCAGUAUGCUUAAGAUUUUUAAUACGAUAAACAUUUUUAAAUUUAACCAACUAACUACGA